AUGAUAUCUAGACUAGGAAUUAAUGGAUUCGGGAGAAUCGGAAGAUUAGUAUUCAGAUCAGCUGUAUCUGGAGAUAAGAGUCAGGUCUUGGCAAUCAACGACCCAUUCAUGUCAGUUGAUUAUCUGAUCUACCAGCUCAAAUAUGAUUCAGUUCACGGAAGAUUCGAUGGUACAAUUGAGAAAGCAGAUGGAGGUAUCAAGGUCAACGGAAACUUUAUCAGAGUCACCCACGAAACUGACCCAACCAAAGUUGAUUGGGGAAGCUCAGGAGCAGACUACAUUUGUGAAAGCACCGGUGUAUUCACUUCCCAGAAGGCUUGUGAAGGCCAUCUCAAAUCUGGAGCUAAGAAGGUAAUCAUCUCUGCUCCUCCAAAGGAUGAUGCUCCUAUCUUUGUCUUGGGUGUCAAUGAGAAGAAAUAUGAAUCAGAUAUGACUGUAGUUUCAAACGCCUCAUGCACUACAAAUUGCCUAGCUCCUGUUACAAAAGUGCUUCACGAUAACUAUGGCAUCGUUGAAGGAUUAAUGACCACUGUCCAUGCUGCUACUAUUAAUCAAUUAACUGUUGAUGGUCCAUCCAAAGGAGGCAAAGACUGGAGAGCUGGAAGAGCUACUGGAGUCAACAUAAUUCCAUCCUCAACUGGAGCUGCUAAAGCUGUAGGAAAAGUCAUCCCAGAUCUUAAUGGAAAAUUGACUGGAAUGGCCUUCAGAGUCCCAACUGUCAAUGUGUCUGUAGUUGAUUUGACAGUCAGACUUAGUAAAGGAACAACUUAUGAAGACAUCUGUGCGAAAAUCAAAGAGGCUUCUGAAGGAUCUCUUGCGGGAAUUCUUGGAUACACUGAAGACUCAGUUGUAUCAACUGAUUUCACCACCGAUGCUCGUUCUAGUAUCUUUGACGCUAACGCUGGAAUUAUGCUUAGCGAUAAGUUCGCUAAGGUAAUCACUUGGUAUGAUAAUGAGUGGGGAUAUUCUAACAGAUUGGUGGAACUAUCUCACUACAUGGCUUUCAAGGAUGGUAAUCUUGCUUAAAUUUCGUAUCUUUA